AUGGCAACAUUCCCUGGACAGACAAUUACAACAUUCCAGGGACAGACAAUGACAACAUUCCAGGGACAGACAAUGACAACAUUCCCUGGACAGACAAUGACAACAUUCCCUGGGCAGACAAUGACAACAUUACCUGGGCAGACAAUGACAACAUUCCCUGGGCAGACAAUGGCAACAUUCCCUGGGCAGACAAUGACAACAUUCCCUGAACAGACAAUGACAACAUUACCUGGGCAGACAAUGGCAACAUUCCCUGGGCAGACAAUGACAAGAUUUCCUGAACAGAAAAUCACAACAUUACUUGGACAGACAAUGACAACAUUCCCUGGGCAGACACUGACAACAUUCCCUGGGCAGACAAUGACAACAUUCCCUGAACAGACAAUGACAACAUUCCCUGGGCAGACAAUGGCAACAUUCCCUGGGCAGACAAUGACAACAUUACCUGGGCAGACAAUGACAACAUUCCUUGGGCAGACAAUGGCAACAUUCCCUGGGCAGACAAUGACAACAUUCCCUGAACAGACAAUGACAACGACAACAUUACCUGGACAGACAAUGACAACAUUACCUGGGCAGACAAUGGCAACAUUCCCUGGGCAGACAAUGACAACAUUCCCUGAACAGACAAUGACAACAUUACCUGGACAGACAAUGACAACAUUCCCUGGGCAGACAAUUACAACAUUCCCUGAACAGACAAUGACAACAUUACCUGAACAGACAAUGACAACAUUCCCUGGACAGACAAUGACAACAUUCCCUGAACAGACAAUGACAACAUUCCCUGGACAGACAAUGACAACAUUCCCAGGACAGACAAUGGCAACAUUCCCUGGACAGACAAUGACAACAUUCCCUGGGCAGACAAUGACAACAUUCCCUGGACAGACAAUGACAACAUUCCCAGGACAGACAAUGACAACAUUCCCUGGAUAG